AUGAGGACCUCCAAGAUCCUUCGACGGGCACCCCUCGGCGGGCUGGCCCUCCCCCGAGCCGGAAGCGGUCCUCCAAAGACGACAUCAACACCGUCAACAGCAGCAGCAGCAGCAACAGCACCCCAAAAUCGACGAGCAGCAAGCAGCCUCUCCCAAAGGCCAAACGCAAACCACGUCUCCUUCCCUGGCGCCGUAAAGAGCGCCUUCACGAGCAGCCUCAAGUUCGAGACGCCGGGUGACUACCCCGCCGUGCCGACCUAUCGCGUCGUGGACCAAAACGGUGCCAUUGUCGACGAUGCCUUCGUCCCGGACCUCGACGAGGCGCAGAUUGUCAAGCUCUACAAGGACAUGGUCUUCAUCUCCGUCAUGGACCUCAUCAUGUUUGACGCCCAGCGCCAGGGCAGACUGAGCUUCUACAUGGUCUCGGCGGGCGAGGAGGCGUUGAGCGUCGGCUCCGCGAGCGUGCUGACGCCCGAGGAUGUAAUCUUCUGCCAGUACCGCGAGCAGGGCGUCUUUAAGCAGCGGGGCUUCACAACGGCGGAUUUCAUGAACCAGCUUUUUGCCAAUUCGAAGGAUCCCGGUAGGGGGAGGAAUAUGCCGGUGCACUAUGGUAGCAAGGAGCUAAAUAUCCAUACCAUCUCGUCCCCGUUGGCAACGCAGCUCCCGCAAGCUUCGGGAGCAGCAUAUGCCCUGAAGAUGCAGCGGAUGCAAGACCAAUCGAUACCCCCGAGAGUCGUUGCAGCCUACUUUGGCGAGGGUGCGGCGAGUGAGGGAGACUUUCACGCCGCCCUCAAUAUCGCGGCUACAAGAUCAUGUCCUGUAAUCUUCAUCUGCCGAAACAAUGGCUAUGCCAUCUCUACGCCGACGCUAGAGCAGUACAGAGGUGACGGAAUCGCCAGUCGCGGCCUGGGGUACGGCAUCGACACCAUCAGAGUAGAUGGCAACGAUAUCUGGGCCGUCAGAGAGGCUACCAAGAGGGCCCGUGAAAUGGCGCUCGAGAAUGGAGGCCGCCCCGUCUUGAUCGAGGCCAUGACUUACAGGGUGAGCCACCAUAGCACGUCGGAUGACUCGUUUGCCUACCGUGCUAGAGUCGAAGUUGAGGACUGGAAGAGGCGGGACAACCCCAUUACGCGUCUGCGCAAGUACAUGGAGGCCAAGGGUAUGUGGGAUGAGGCCAAGGAAAAGGAGUGCAGAGAUUCAACUAGAAGGGAGGUGCUGAAGGCGUUCAAAGAGGCCGAGAUGGAGAAGAAGCCGCCUAUUCGGGGCAUGUUUGAAGACGUUUAUGAGGAACUGACGCCAGACCUGAAGCAGCAGAUGGCACAGCUACGUGAACACCUAGACAGGUACCCGGAUGAGUACGAGUUCGGUGAAUUCGAGGGAGGCAAGGAUAGCUUGAAGGCAUAG